GGAGAGACGUAUACUUUUACGACUUGUCUCAUAAGAUAAACAGAAUUCACAAUAAUUCAUAUUACAUUAAUAUAGUUAAUAUUAAGUGACCGUGAGCGAAAGUUUUAUUCAUGUCAGAAUUAACUCGUCUCGAUGGAGUAAUGAAGCUCGUCGGGGUAGCUUAGCUUGCUAGCAGCUAACAAAGAGAAGUUAUCACCACAUCGCCAAACAGAGAUCGAGUGUGAGUGUAAAGGAUUGAGAUUGUGUGAAAUAUGUGUAAAAUACAAAUGCUGAGAGCGUUGGUGAAUCACCGACUAAGUGCAGCAGUUGAAGAAAUAUUUGCAGUGUUAGAAAGAACGAUAGCAGAGUACGAGGAGGACCUUCGUCGAACAAAAGCGGAAAACGAGCGACAACGGCAACUGCUUGACGAUGUUUACAAGAACUGUCAAAUUGGGUUACAGGGAGCAGGCAUCAGUGCAGACCAUCUUCCCUCUGAACAGCAGGAGUGGAACUCCAGGAUGGGGCAGAAAGAGCCACAGUUCCCCCACAUUAAAGAGGAAAAGGAGAAGCCACAGCUCCCCUGCAUUAAAGAGGAAGAGGACGCUUACAGCAUCAAUCAGGAGGGAGAGCAUCUUGAAGGACUUGAGGAGUUCCCAGUGAUUGGGGUCCCUGUGAAGAGUGAAGAUGAUGAAUACAAAGGUCAAAGUGAGGAGAGGAGAGAGGUGGAGCCUCCAAGCAGCAGCUCCCUUCAACACAUGACAACAGAAGCUGACGGAGGAUCACAAGCAGACAGCCUCUUUGCUCCACGAUCAGAUAGCGACGACAUAACGUCACACUCUCCUGACACUGACGAUGAAGCUGAUAUGACAUGUCACACUGCCAGCACACGCUGGAAAUGCUCUCAAUGUGACAAAACCUUUGUUAACAAGGGGAAUCUGAACAGACACACGAAGCAGCACACAGGAGAGAAACCUUUCAUCUGCUCGGUUUGUGGUAAAAGAUUCUCCCGUCAUUCAAAUUUGAAAGUGCAUACAAAAAUGCACACAGGAGAGAAAGCGUUUCCUUGCACGGUGUGUGGGAAAAGAUUCAGACAAAAAGGCGAUUUAAUAACACACACAAGAGUACACACAGGAGAGAAACCUUUUUCCUGCUCAAUUUGUGGUACAACAUUCACUCAGAACGCACAUUUGAAAGCGCACGCAAGAACACACGCAGUAGGGAAACCAUUUCUUUGCAUGGUUUGUGGUAAAAAAUUCAAUCACAUCGGUGCUUUGAAUAGACACACAAUAACACACACUGGAGAGAAAACCUACCUUGCACAUUGUGUGGUGUAAGAUUCGCACAGAGCUCACAUUUGAAAGCACACAGAGGAGAGAAAUUAUUCAUUGUGUGGUCAGCGAUACACAAAUUGUGCAAGAAAAUGACUUAUUUUGCUGAUACAUUAUGACGGAAUGCUUGCAGUAUGUAAUAUUUAUAUUUUUAUAUUAUAUUUAUAUACAGUAUUUUACCAUAGACCAAGUGGUUUUAGCAAGUCGAAUAUUUCUGCUAUUGUACAGUCUUACUUGCUUUGUUAUGACUAUUUACUUGAGGCUAGACACCUCCUGUCUCCACAAACUAGUUUCUCCAAAGGCCUUUUCCAUAUCAACAGGUUCUGAUUAAACCAGAAUGCAUCCUUGCACCCGAUUAAGCCCUGAUAACAUAUGUAGGACUAUGCUUAUUAUGUCCUGUCCUUCGGGGUGGCGCACUUUUAGCAGACUUCCAAAAGUUGGUUUCAACUGUUUUCCCCUUCUGUAGAAUAAAUAUGAUAAAGGACAAAUUUGUCGUUUAGCAGUUUAUUUCUCCUUUCCAUGAGCACUAAAGGGAAUUUUCCACCACGAAUUCUUUGCAAUGGUGCAUUUGACCCUUAAUCAUUUGCAUGGGUUUGCAGGGUGCGUUCCAACGACAGGGGAUUCACUCCUCAGCCUCCCUGAAUGCUGCUGCUGAAUUGAAGGCCAAACCAAGAAUCAAGUUUAUUUGUAGUUUUAAAUGUAAUUUUGUAAAUCAUACAUAUGAAUCAUACUGCUU